AAAGCGUGUCAAAGUUCCACCAGCAUCAGUAGUACCACCACCAACGUUUGGUGGAACGAAGCAAAACCUGUGGAACCAAAAACUCUUUGUUUUUCUUUUUUCUUGGUUGGUGUUCUUGUUCUUCCACGUUUUGCUAUGUCGAUGUCGAUGGUGCACCCUUCAGUUCACCCAAUCGAAGCCCCACCCAUGACUGACCAUGCAAUUGCAAUUCCCAGACACACUUUGAAGGAUACUCAGGGCAUGCCCGGCACCCUCGGUGGCUUCCUCUUGCGCUUUCUUCAGUUCUCCUUCGCCAUCGUUUCCCUCUCCGUCAUGGCCACCACAUCCGAUUUCCCUUCCGUCACUGCCUUCCGCUACCUAGUUGCUGCUGUCAGCCUGCAAAGCUUGUGGAGCCUCUCUUUGGCAGUUGCUGAUAUCUAUGCCAUUUUAGUACGGCGUGGCUACCGAAAUGUUAGAAUCGUCCGGUUAUUCUCUAUCGGUGAUGGGAUUACUUCAACACUUACAUUUUCUGCAGCCUGUGCUUCUGCUGGUAUCACAGUUUUGAUUGGCAAUGAUUUGAAUGACUGUGCACAGAACCAUUGCAGUAGGUUUGAAACAGCAACGGCAAUGGCAUUUAUGAGUUGGUUUGCUGCUUCUCCCUCAUUUAUUUUGAAUUUCUGGUCACUGGCCUCCAAAUAGAAGCAGCAGAAAAGGGUUUUAGCUGUUUAUGUAUGGCAUACAACUUUGGGGAUUGAUGGCCCUGAUUGUUGCAAAUCUUAUUCAUGGCUUUUUUGAUCCUUUGAAAUAUUGCUGCUGUUCAAUUCAAGGCGUGAGCUUGAAACUUUUAGUUGUGAUGUUCAUAAUUUCUCAAACAAUGGUAACUUUCCAAGUAAAUGUCAACAUGGCACAACAUGAAGUUAGGAAGCAAGA